GAGGAGAAAGAAAGCAACAAAAAUGGCUGUAUCCUCUUCUCAUUCUCCCAGGUUCUUCCUCUCUUCUUCCUCUUUUGAAUGUCGUGCCGAUCCCGACUUCUCCGGUGCACCACGUUCCGAUUACAACCAUCGCCGUAACCCCGCUCACCUCUGUAUUCCUACAGCCUCCCUCAACGGCGGGAUUUCCUCCCUAAUCCUUAGAUUCCCGCCCAAUUUCGUGCGUCAGCUCAGCACCAAGGCGCGCCGUAACUGUAGCAACAUCGGCGUCGCGCAAGUGGUGGCGGCUUCUUGGUCUAACAACUCAGCUUCCGGAUUGCCCCCGGCGGCUGCCGCCGCGGCUGCAUCUUCCGCCGCGGCUGCCGCUGCUGCCACCCCUGUCCCCGCGCCGCCGGUUGAGCUGAAAGCCACCGAUGAGGCAGCGGUGAUUGAGGGUAUUAAGGAUAAUGUUAAUGUACAGUUAGGGGAUUUGUCCGAUCCAAAAACCCCGUUUUGGAUCUCUGAUGGGAGCAUCGCAGUUCAUGCUGGUGAAAGAUUGGGUCGCGGUAUAGUUACUGAUGCAAUUACCACCCCGGUAGUCAAUACGUCUGCCUACUUCUUUAAGAAGACUGCUGAGCUUAUCGAUUUUAAGGAGAAACGCCAUGUCAGUUUUGAGUAUGGGCGUUAUGGGAACCCAACCACUGUGGUUGCCGAAGAGAAAAUAAGUGCUCUUGAGGGGGCUGAGUCCACGUUGAUCAUGGCAUCUGGAAUGUGUGCUAGUACUGUGCUGAUGUUGGCAUUGGUUCCAGCUGGUGGGCAUAUUGUGACAACUACAGAUUGUUACAGGAAGACUAGGAUAUUCAUUGAGACAGUUCUUCCCAAGAUGGGAAUCACGGCCACUGUCAUUGACCCUGCAGAUAUGGAAGGCCUUGAAUCUGCUCUCAAUAAGAACAAAGUUUCUCUUUUCUUUACCGAGUCGCCUACUAAUCCAUUCCUCAGAUGCGUUGACAUAAAGUUAGUUUCAGAUCUCUGCCACCAGAAAGGAGCACUUGUCUGUAUAGAUGGUACCUUCGCAACACCUCUCAAUCAAAAGGCCCUUGCGCAUGGUGCUGAUCUUGUUGUUCACUCUGCAACAAAAUUCAUUGGAGGGCACAAUGAUGUCCUUGCUGGAUGCAUUAGUGGUUCUCUGAAGUUAGUUUCAGAAGUUCGUAAUUUGCAUCAUAUCUUGGGGGGUACUCUCAAUCCAAAUGCAGCGUAUCUGAUAAUUCGAGGCAUGAAGACACUGCAUCUUCGUGUACAGCAACAGAACAAAACAGCAUUGAGGAUGGCCGAAGUUUUAGAGGCACAUCCUAAGGUGAGACGUGUCUACUACCCUGGUUUGCCAAGUCAUCGUGAACAUCAUAUUGCCAAGAGGCAGAUGACUGGUUUUGGUGGUGUUGUCAGUUUUGAGGUGGAUGGAGAUUUGGCAACAACCAUAAAGUUCGUUGAUUCAUUGAAGAUACCUUACAUUGCUCCAUCUUUUGGUGGCUGUGAGAGCAUUGUGGAUCAACCAGCUAUCAUGUCUUAUUGGGAUCUUAAACAAGCAGAGAGGCUGAAGUAUGGGAUAAAGGAUAACUUGGUUCGUUUCAGCUUUGGAGUAGAAGAAUUUGAGGAUUUGAAGGCUGAUAUCCUGCAGGCACUGGAGGCUAUUUAAUUUAUAAAGGGCACGGGCACGUCACCUAUCUUUUUUUUUUUUCUUUUUUUUUUUACCUUCUCAUUGGUGCUUCUGUUAGUUUUGAAAAAUCUUCAUGUCUGAUCCAAUUGAAGCAUUCUCAACUACAAUGAAGUAGCCGAAUAAACUAGUUGAAACUUUUAAUUAAUCAACUUACCUUAAAUUCCCGCUUA